ACCUCCCUUACUUUGCACAACUACAUCUCGCAUUGCUAGCUCUUACUACUACUUCUAGUUUUUGAUUUCCCCCUUUUGUGAUUGAGAGAAUUUUAGCAAUGGCCUCCUCAAAGGUCAUUCUUCUCCUCGGCCUGGCCUUUGUCGCGGUCGUUCUCAUCUCAUCUGAGGCGGCCGCUGCUCGUGAUCUCGCUGAGACUGACGACUUCGGUGGACAUGGUGGAUACGGACAUGGCGGGGGCAAAGGCUAUGGCGGCGGGCACGGUGGCGGCGGGCACGGUGGCGGCGGGCACGGCGGACACCCUGGCCAUGGUGCAGCGGAGGAAACCGAAGGCUAUGGCGGUGGGCACGGUGGUGGUGGGCACGGUGGCGGUGGGCACGGUGGCGGUGGGCACGGUGGGCACCCUGGCCGCGGUGCAGUGGAGGAAACCGAAGGCUAUGGCGGUGGACACGGUGGCGGUGGGCACGGUGGUGGUGGGCAUGGUGGGCAUGGUGGCGGCGGGCACGGUGGGCACCCUGGCCACGGUGCAGCGGAGGAAACCGAAGCCGGGAACUAAUAAAUAAGUAUGAGACAAAAAUUUCCAGCUCCAUCGAUGAGAAAUCAUAGGAGUGAUGGAAGUUGGUAUUAUGUGCUGUGUGUGUGUGUGACGUAUGUAGUUUCAUGAAGGCGUUUGUAUGGUAAAAUAAGCUCUGUAACGCCAUUGGCAUGCAUGGAGACAGUCUACUGAAGUAAUUAAGGUUUUCAAUAUUAAGCUCUCGUUAGCACUUCCUUUUCU